ACAAACUCUCUCAUAAAUUCAUAACUAAACACCAAAAAUACACCUCUCUCUCGCUCUUUAUAUAUACAUAACAAAACUCAUUUUGUGAGGCCAUGUCAGGCGUUUGGGUGUUCAACAACGGAGUGAUACGUCUAGUGGAGAACCCGAACCAGUCCGAAGGAGUAGCCACACAGACAAACGGCCGGAGAUAUGUCUUGGUUUACUUGCCGACCGGUGAAGCCGUCUCUUCUCACUCGUCGCUUGAACAAAUCUUAAGGAGCCUCGGGUGGGAAAGAUACUUCAGUGGAGACUCCGAUCUCAUCCAGUACCACAAACGAUCCUCCAUCGACCUCAUCUCCUUACCAAGAGACUUCUCCAAGUUCAACUCCGUUUACAUGUACGACAUCGUUGUCAAGAACCCUAAUUCCUUCCACGUCCGCGAUUUCAAAUGAAAUCCCACUCGAGUUAAUUACUUUCGACCAAGAGGUCUAUAGUUUGUGUUUGUUUUGUUUCAACCGGGAAAUUCCAGACAUAAAUCUUAUAAUAUCAAAAUCGAUCGGAAUCUGCAGUGUGAAUUAAUGAUUCUACGUAAAGGUGAAAGAGAAGAUGUGUGCAGCUCUUUAAAUUCGACAAACAAAGCGAUGACUAUUGGAUUAUCAUCACUAAGUUAGAUUGUGUUUAUUUGUUAAUACUGUAUGUGUUUUUAACUGGUUCUCCAAGUUUGUCGCAUGUGCACGUGCAUGCUUCUUUAUUUUUCUUUUUGUUUGGGACAAGAGUAGUGUUGCAAAAGGUGGCACAUUACCUAAAUAUGUUGUUAAUUAUUUUGUUUUGUAGCUUUGUAAUUGUGGUGAAUGGUGAUCGAUCGAUGUAAGAAUUGUGUUCCUUUUUGGUUUUAUAUGUAAAAGUGAAGUGAAAUUUGUGUUGAGUGACUUGAGUCCGAAA